UCUCUUGCUGUCCUAUAAUCCUCCCUCUUCAGAUAAUAAGCUUUAACGAGCCCCAGCUACACCUCAGCAUUGCCCCGGUUGGUUCAUUAUUAAAGCGGGCUGUCGAGACUGCCAGCGAGCCGAGCGAGGUGCGAUAUAAACACGCACGAUUAUUUAAACUCUUUCGUGACUUGAAUGUCUCAGAACAGCUGUUUGUUUAUCUUGGAUUCCGGUCUGUUUGGUUGUCGUCCAACCCCAAGUACCGCUCGUUUUUUAACUAAUAUACUUUCAGUUUCAUGUUCAACGCAGUUCGCUUCAGCUAUACGGAAGAGACGCGCUUGGGGUGAAGUUGGGUCGAUACACUGCUAACUGAGGAAUGAGUGAUUCAGAAGAUGCAAACAUGGACCCGACUCCAAGGAGAAGAAGACGCAGUAAAGAUUUGGACCCACCCGAUAUGUCAGGAGACUCUUCCAGAGAGCAGGACGACGAGGAGACAGAGAUGAGGGAGGAACAGGAGAGACUGAGGAGAGAGGAGGAGGAGAGACUGAAGAGAGAGGAGGAGGAGAGACUGAGGAGGGAGGAGGAGGAGAGACUGAAGAGAGAGGAGGAGGAGAGACUGAAGAGGAAAGAGGAGGAGGAGAGACUAAGGAGGGAGGAGGAGGAGGAGAGACUGAAGAGGAAGGAGGAAGAGGAGAGACUGAAGAGAGAGGAGGAGAGACUGAGCGCUCUUGAAUUCAAGGAGGAAAUGAAGAAGAUCCAGGAAUUUGUUCAGCGGUUCCCAGAUCAGCUGAAAGAAACAGAAAGCGCUGUGGAGGAAUUGAAGAAGGUCGCUGACGACAUUCACAAUGAGAGAGAUGCUGUGGUUGGUGGGGCUCGAGCUUCCUCUUUCAUUCGAACAGGAGCAGCGAUCGCUGCUGUAGGUGUAAUAGGUCUUGCAGGAGCGGGGCUGGCUACAUUCACAGGGGGAGCCAGUGUGGCUGUUGCUGGGGCCGUUGCUGGGGGUUUAACACAGGCUAUUGCAGGUGGCACAGUUGCUGGAAUGGUUGCUGGGGGAUCCACUCUGGCUUUAGCAAGUGGAACAGUUGCUGCCAGUAUAGGAGCAUUCACCUUGAGAUCUUACAGUAAGAAGAUAGAGGAUAUAUGUGAAAAUGCGAGACGCAGGAUGACAGAGCUCAGCAGAUCUGCCACCACAGCGAUCGCAGCUCUUUUAAACCUAAAGAGACUCUCCGGAUCACCGGACACAGCUGCUGACUCAGAUUAUGAAAAGGUGUUUGAAAUGCUAGAGACAGACUCAGGUCUCAGAGAUCUGACAGAGAGGAUGGAAGAGUUACUAGGGGCUAGCGGCACUGACACAGCAGACAGUCAGAUAGAUCAAAUAGCUGAAAUCGUUUUUCCAAAUGACCUGGGCCAGUUGUUUUCUGUCAUUCUAAGUUUUAAGAGCAAAGAGGAGAAAAACGAGAAGGCGAGUAAGAUCUGUGAGUGCGCUGAAAAGCUUGAGGAAAACCUGCAGGCAGUGAGGGAGAUCCACACAGCCAUGAAAACACUUUCCAACUGAAAUAGUUCCAGUGUGAGCGCCGCGAUUAUAUAUAUAUGGAGGCUGUGUGGUCCAGUGGUUACAGAAAAGGGCUUGUAACCAGAAGGUCCCCGGUUCAAAUCCCACCUCAGCCACUGACUCACUGUGUGACCCUGAGCAAGUCACUUCACCUCCUUGUGCUCCGUCUUUCGGGUGAGACGUAGUUGUAAGUGACUCUGCAGCUGAUGCAUAGUUCACACACCCUAGUCUCUGUAAGUCGCCUUGGAUAAAGGCGUCUGAUAAAUAAACAAAUUAUUAUAUAUAUAUAAUAUAAACCUCAAGAAUCCUGUUUUAAGCUGUAUUACUACUGUGCCGUGUUUAUCUAACAGUUAUCCACAUAAACAUAUUAUUAUGGUAGAUUUCCCCCCCGUUCAUAGUUCUUUAAGAGAAGUGCGGAUCAGAGAGUUUGCAGCGUGAAGACAGGUUUGUGUAGAACCAAUUAGAAAGUUAGAGAAGGUUGAUUAAAGACAGGAAAAUAAAACAAAACAAAAAUAACUAUAAUGCAUGAGAAGAAAAAAUGAUCUCGGGAUCUCGACAAUUAAAAAAAAACUCCAGCCCAUCGUCGCUUCAAAUCAACUCUCCAGACCCGCCUGUCCUCUCUCGCUUUCCACGCUCUUCAAGCCUGAUAUCCGUUAUUAGCUGCUGUCUAAAUUGCUAUUUCGGAUUGAUGUUAAUGUGAUGAUUCUGUAGGGCACACGCAUCCACAAUGUUUAAAACUCACAUCCUAGCCUUGUAUUUCAUGUACCAAGCCUUGUAUUUCACUGUAUAUAAUGUAUUAUACAUUGUUUUCACCGUGUUUAAUGCAUUGUAUUUCACUGUAUAUAAUGUAUUAUGCAUUGUUUUCACCGUGUAAUGCAUUGUAUUUCACUGUAUAUAAUGUAUUAUACAUUGUUUUCACCGUGUUUAAUGCAUUGUAUUUCACUGUAUAUAAUGUAUUAUGCAUUGUUUUCACCGUGUUUAAUGCAUUGUAUUUCACUGUAUAUAAUGUAUUAUGCAGUGUUUUCACCGUGUUUAAUGCAUUGUAUUUCACUGUAUAUAAUGUAUUAUGCAGUGUUUUCACCGUGUUUAAUGCAUUGUAUUUCACUGUAUAUAAUGUAUUAUGCAUUGUUUUCACUGUGUUUAAUGCAUUGUAUUUCACUGUAUAUAAUGUAUUAUGCAGUGUUUUCACUGUGUUUAAUGCAUUGUAUUUCACUGUAUAUAAUGUAUUAUGCAUUGUUUUCACCGUGUUUAAUGCAUUGUUUUCACUGUAUUUAAUGUAUUAUGCAUUGUUUUCACUGUAUUUAAUUUAUUAUGCAUUGUUUUCACUGUAUUUAAUUUAUUAUGAAUUGUUUCUCACUAUCUUGUAAAGCGCUUUGUGAUGGUGCUCCACUGUGAAAGGCGCUAUAUGAAAUAAGGAUUGAUUGAUCGAUUGAUUGAUCUAGUGAUUACAAGAUCAAUAAUGGCUUACCUCUUUUUUCUGUUUGAUUUUUCAUGUCCUCAGUGAGCCACUAUAAAAAGUUAUCUUUUUGAAUGAUCACUGUGUUUUAUUUCUCCAUUGUAUAUUUUAUUAUUGUUCUACAUUAUAUAUAUAUAUAUAUAUAUAUAAUAUACACACACACACAUUUGAAUUCAUGUGUAUGAUCGCUGUUCAUAUCUGUGUUCUAAGUCAGUGUCUAUGUGAUUAUUUUGAGCUGUGUUCACAGUUAUGAGUUUUUAGGUUCCAGGUGAACAGAACCGCACAAGAAGCUGUAUAGCUGCCUUAGAACAAAUAUAAGUGAAUAAUGUUCUUGUAAUCCUGUAAAUCCUUUUCUAUAAAUGUUUUCA